AUGUCAGCACCAGCAGCCGAUUUGCAGGAGCGCAUUGCCGCCGCUCGUCGCGAGGCCGACGGUCUCAAGGAAAAGAUCCGUGCCAAGAAGGAUCAAAUGGCGGAUACCAGUCUUCGAGCUAUGGCCAACGACAUCGAACCUCUGCCCAGAAUUGUCAUGAAGCCACGAAGAACGCUCAAAGGUCACCUCGCCAAGAUUUACGCCAUGCACUGGGCCAGCGACAAGCGUCACCUUGUCUCGGCUUCCCAGGAUGGAAAGCUCAUCGUCUGGGAUGCCUACACCACCAACAAGGUCCAUGCCAUCCCUCUUCGCUCUUCAUGGGUCAUGACCUGCGCUUACGCUCCCUCGGGCAACUCGGUCGCCUGCGGUGGUCUCGACAAUAUUUGCAGUAUCUACUCGCUCCGCGGCCGCGACCCGCACAACAUCAAGGUCGGAAGGGAACUUUCGGCGCACACCGGCUACCUCAGUUGUUGUCGCUUCCUAAACGACCAACAGAUCCUCACCUCGUCCGGAGACAUGAGCUGUAUCCUCUGGGACAUUGACUCGGGCACCCGCAUCUCUGAGUUCAACGACCACACCGGUGAUGUUAUGAGCAUCUCGCUCAGCUCCAACCCCAACGUCUUUGUCUCGGGUGCCUGCGAUGCCGUUGCAAAGGUGUGGGACAUCCGAAGCGGCAAGGCCGUCCAGACAUUUGCUGGCCACGAGAGCGACAUCAAUGCCGUCCAAUUCUUCCCCAACGGCGAUGCAUUUGCUACCGGUUCCGACGACGCCUCGUGCCGCCUCUUUGACCUCCGAGCCGAUCGUGAGCUCAACACGUACACCCACGACAACAUUCUCUGCGGUAUCACCUCGGUCGGCUUCUCGGUAUCGGGUCGUAUCCUCUUUGCCGGCUACGACGACUAUACCUGCAACGUUUGGGAUACUCUCAAGGGCGAGCGUGUGGGUGUGCUCGCAGCGCACGAGAACCGUGUAUCGUGCCUCGGUGUCAGCGCCGACGGUAUGGCGCUUUGCACGGGCAGCUGGGACUCGCGCCUCCUCAUCUGGGCUUAA